AUGGCAUCAUCUUAUCCAUUAGCGUCAUCAUCGACACCGCCACCAUUGCACGGCGGUGGUGGUGGUUUUAGCACGUCCACAUCCCAAUACUUGGGUCAAACCCGAUCUCGAACCCUCCUCUUCCUCUCCUACCGCGAUUCCUCCGGUCCUUCCUCUCGUCGGCAACGUUCCACCAACUCGAAUGUCUACUUCGACGCACCAUACACCGACAGCGACGACCCUCUAGGCUCCUCCUCCGUCAACUCCGACACCGAGGGUCUGCUUUCCCGUCGCAGUCGAGAAGGUCACAUCGCACUCGACGUCUCCCCGUCCUCCUCUUCCACGCUUCCACCGAAAUGGCUCGACAUUUCCGAAUCAGUCGACUCCAUCCUCACCACCAUCAGACCUCGCAUGGACACGCUCUCCCGUCUUCACGAAAAACACCUUCGACCGGGGUUCACCGACAAAUCCUCCGAAGAGAAGCAGAUCGAAUCGCUCGUCCUCGACAUCACCAAAGACUUUCGACGAUGUUCACGUCUCGUCGCUGGCCUAGCGUCGUACACGCAGCACCUCAUACGUGAAGCUAAGCGUUCCACUUCAACUUCACCUUCCGACGUGACGGUGCGACAGAUAGCGUUGGCGCAAAACGUCCAAACUGCCCUCGCUACCAAAGUGCAGGAUCUCAGCGGCGCGUUUCGAAAACAACAGACUCUCUACCUCAAACGUAUGAAAGGCAUGGAAGUACGGGACCGAGAUAUCCGCUCCUCCCGCGGCAUCUCCGCCCCGUCCACAUCCGUGUUCAAAGACAGCGAACUCGCCGUUCGAGAAGACAUCGAGCUGUCCAAACAAUCCCUCCUCAACCCCACUACCACCUCCAAUACACUUUUGCUCGAAGAAGAAUCCUCCUCUAACCAAGAUACCGACAUCCUCCAACGUUCCAAAGAGAUCGACGAAAUCGCAAAAUCAAUCCAGGAACUCGCAACCCUCUUCACAGACCUCCAAUCCCUCGUCAUCGACCAGGGCACUCUGCUGGAUAGGAUCGACUACAACGUCGAACUCAUGGGUUCCGAGUUGCAAGGUGCAGUGAAGGAGUUGGAAACCGCUACGAGGUAUCAGAGGAGAAGCGGUAGGAGACAGUGCAUCCUGUUUUUGUGUUUGUUGAUCGUACUUUUGAUAGCGGUCAUCAUUGUAAAACCUUUUUGGAGGAACGCCAGAGGGUAG